AGACGACGUACGAUAACGCACUCUUAACGUCACGUCUUAAAAUAUUGGUUCUCUAAAAUAAAAAAAGGAAAUUAUUGACGUUUAAAUAAACUCUAUUCUCAAGAAAUAGAAAAAAUGGGUCACGGAGAGGAAGCAGGUGGUCCAAAAUUCACAGGAUUAUCUAGAAUUUUUAAUAGUCAUACAAAUUAUGGUCGUGCAAAUGUAUCAAAAGCAACUCUCGGCUCAAUGAUAUUAUUAGGAUUUUAUUUAUAUUUUAAACCCAGUAAAAAAGCAGUUGCAAAAUGAAAUUCUUCUCUGUCAUGAAAUCAAGAAAUUAAUAGCAAUAGUCCUGUGAGUUCGUAUCCAUUUUUAACUUAUGUAAUGCUCAAUUAUAGAUGAAUUUUGUGUAUCAUUUGGCCUGCAAAAUAAAUUUAAUUAUCUCGUGAUAAAGUGCGUGUUGAAGAUUUAUCAAUUCUUUAUUUUGUUUAAUUACUGUAAAAAAAAUAUUUACUUCUCAGAAAACAAAUUUAGAAAAACAAUUUAAAAAUGUUGUUUGGAAUAUGGAAAAUUUUCUAUAAUUUAUUAAUAAUACACUCACUCACUGUUGAUUAAUUGUUUUUGUAAUUGACUCGUCGAUUACGUUGAGAUGUACAUUAUAAGUGUAAAGAAUAAAUCAUUAGUAACGAUA